AUUAUUUAUACUACCGCAUUUGAACAUGUGCUGUUACUAGUGGUUACUUACGUUGUUUGCGGUUACUUGAGAAAGAUGCUGGUUCUCCAUCUCCAUGGCAACAACAUCACGUUGCGACUACGUCACCACCGCCGUGCUCGCCAUUGUCCCCAUGCCUCUUGCUGCUACCCGGAGACCUGCCUUUCGCCCAUGUAGAAAUACCAGCUACAAAUGGACCGUGGAUUAAAACGCAGGCAGGUGAAGCCUCUUGCUGCUUCUCUCCUCGAUGCCUUGGAUUACGACAGCUCCGAUGACAGUGACUUUGAAGUUGGAGAUGCCUCAGGAUCAGACGGCACGGGCAACGGCAGUGAUGAAGAAGGUUCUAAAGCCAGCGAUGCGGGUUCUGAAAGUGACUCCGACCAGGCGGCUUCUGCAGAUGAUGGUAUUGAUGAAGAGGAGUCCAAAGACUUGGCUGCUGAGGACAACUUUACAGAAGAUGAAGAGAAGUCCAAACAGCAGAAUUCCUCAGACAGCUCCACCAAAGACGCUCCUGCCGUCAGUCCACCCAAAGGUAGACGGAAGAGCAAGAAGAUCUCGGAGCCCGAGUCCCAUUCAGCGCUCGCCGGCUGCGCCUCAGCAUCCGGGCCCGGCAGCGAUAAUGCGGAGGAAUUGCAGGCCGAGCCCAAGAAAUGGAACUUUCGCAGGAACCGCCCACUGCUUGACUUUACGAGCAUGGAAGAGCUGAACGAGAUGGAUGACUACGACAGUGAAGAUGACAACGACUGGAGACCUACAGCGGGCAAGAAGAAGGGCAAGGCAGGUGCCCAGAAAGCGGGCGGAGAGGAGGAGGGCGGUGGUAGCGCAAGUGACGAUGAUGACGACGAUGAUGAUGAUGAUGAUAAUGACGAGGAGGAGGAGGAGGACGAUGACGACAAGGAUGAUGACAAGGAAGAUGGGGAAGAUGAAAACAACAGCAGCAGUGAGAGUGACAAGGAGGUGAAGAAGCCAAGGAAAAAGGCAAAGAGCACGCACGCUUUCGAUGAAGAACUGACAAAUGACAGCAUGUCCCAGGGGAAAGGUCAUGAGGAUGCCUUGCUGGAUCGAUCCCAGACGUGGAGCACUCGGCAUAUCCUCAUCUGCUGUGUUUGCCUGGGAGACAGCAGCGAGGAUGCAGAUGAGAUCAUUCAGUGCGACAACUGUGGCGUUACUGUGCAUGAAGGAUGUUAUGGCGUCGAUGGAGAGAGCGACUCCAUCAUGAGCUCUGCAUCGGAGAACUCAACCGAGCCUUGGUUUUGUGACGCCUGUAAGAAUGGAGUGAUGCCAAACUGCGAGCUUUGCCCCAACCAGGAUGGUAUCUUCAAAGAGACGGAUGCAGGGAGAUGGGUGCAUGUGGUAUGCGCACUUUAUGUUCCUGGGGUAGCUUUUGGAGACAUCGAUAAACUACGACCAGUGACACUCACCGAGAUGAAUUAUUCCAAAUAUGGGGCCAAGGAGUGCAGUUUCUGUGAGGAUAACCGCUUUGCCAGGACCGGUGUAUGCAUCAGCUGUGAUGCAGGAAUGUGCCGCUCCUACUUCCAUGUCACGUGUGCACAGAGAGAGGGGCUCCUGUCCGAAGCUGCUGCAGAGGAGGAUAUUGCAGAUCCAUUUUUUGCCUACUGCAAGCAGCACGCCGACCGCUUUGAUAGGAAGUGGAAACGAAAAAACUACUUGGCUUUACAGUCGUACUGUAAGGUCUCUCUGCAGGAGAGAGAGAAACAACUCACUCCCGAAGCUCAGGCCCGAAUCACAACCCGCCUGCAACAAUACCGCACAAAAGCAGAACUGUCCAGAAACACCCGGCCUCAAGCGUGGGUGCCACGGGAGAAGCUGCCGCGACCUCUUACCUCUAGUGCCUCAGCAAUCAGGAAGUUGAUGAGAAAGGCGGAGCUAAUGGGCAUCAGCACAGAUAUUUUUCCCGUGGACCCGUCCGACACCAACGCCACCAUGGAUGGACGUCGGAAACACAAGCAGCCUGCCCUGACAGCAGACUUUGUCAACUACUACUUAGAACGGAACAUGCGCAUGAUCCAAAUCCAGGACAACAUCUCAGAGCAGAAGUGUUUAAAAGACAAGCUGGAGAGCGAGCAAGACAAGCUGCACGUGGAGUACAACACGUUGUGUGAGUCUCUAGAGGAGCUGCUAAAUGUCAACGGUGAUCUGCGCGGUGAAGGCCAGGCUAUGUGGAGUCUGCUUGGGGACAUCUUGGGCCAGAAACUGAACACGCCAGCUGUUUUAAAAGCCCCCAAAGAAAGGAAGUCCAGCAAGAAAGAGGGGGGGACUCAAGGGAAGCCAUCCAGUCUGCCAGCAAUUCUCUACAGCUGCGGCAUCUGUAAAAAGAACCAAGACCAACAUCUGCUGGUGCUGUGUGACACCUGCAAACUCUACUAUCAUUUAGGUUGCCUGGAACCUCCACUGACACGCAUGCCCAAGAAGACCAAGAACAGCUACUGGCAAUGCUCAGAGUGUGACCAGGCCAGCAGCGAUGAGGCUGACAUUGCUAUGGAGACGCUACCUGAUGGUACCAAGAGGUCCAGGAGGCAGAUUAAAGGGCCAAUCAAAUUCAUCCCGCAAGAGAUGUCACCAGAGCCCAAGAAGUCUCAAGUGAGAGGCUCAAGAACCAGAGGGCAGAAGAGAAAGAUAAUCCCUAUCAGUGAAGACGGAGAAGACAAAAUUGAGGAACCAGUGCCAAGGGAGCGCAGGCAGCGGCAGUCUGCCGUGCUGAAAAAACCCAAAGCAGAUGACGCCAGGACUGAGUGUACAACCUGUAAAGGUUCGGGUGACAAUGAGAAUCUUGUGAGGUUGUGAGAGCCGGGGCAGCCACCUCACCUGGCAUAAAAACUUGGGGACCGAUGAUCGUUGGCUUAGAGAGAGACAGAAAUUGAGACAUUUGAAGACUGACUGUUGAGUCAGGAUGAAGAACACGACCUACCGCCCGCAACAAUGUCUCAUCCAAACUGGACCAACAGCCGAUGUCAGUCGAAACUGUGGAACUGUCAGAUUUGUUGUGAGAUAAACUCUUUUGGUUGACAUGGAACUCCUCAACUGCUGCGAUCGCCAUCAUGGUUGAGACUUCGCGCCUGUUUUUGUGGCUCUGAAAUGUUUUCUUCUUUAUUCGCAUGCUGUCAAUGCCACUAAGUAGAACUACUGAGGGAACCGAUUGCUGAAAAUACAAUAGUGUCUAUGAGAUGUGUUAGUUUGUAUUGUGAUUAGCCAAAUGUGAUGUUUUUGUUUUUCAAGUGGGACGUCAGGGAAAGACAUUGAUAGGUUAUCAAUGUCGACUGGAGCAAACGCAGCAUGUCAGUCUGAUAAGUAAGUUACUUGAUGAUGCUCCAUUUUUGUUGUUGUUAUGCACUUGGGAAGGGGCCGACCCCUAUAAUUCACAUACGGGAAAUUUCCGACACCACCUGCAGAGAUUUCCGAUCCAUGAGCCACGUCUGUGCUUGAGUGUUGUCAGCAACCGUAGCUGAAAGAAUAUAAGCCAACUUAGCCAAAAGAGUGUCGCCACACAUGCACGUCAGCCGCCCUCCUCACUCACACAAGCACUUCACCUGAUGAGUUCAGGGCCACACAAAACAGCCGAACAUAAUGUGUGGAGACAGCUACGUUUCCUGAUAUUCUUCUAGCUACGUUUGCUGAUAUUCUUUUGGCGUGGUUGCGGCUGACAUGUUUUGUCCAAUAAAGCGAUUGUUGAUCGAUCAGCUCGUCAUCAUUCUUAUUGCGACGCUACAAUAAUAUUAAUAUUAAAGCAAACUAUUUCCAGCGAGGACCACAUUGUUGAAAAAGUGAAAGGAUGCAACUUUGCCACUUGGAUAUUUUGUAAAGCAACACAUGUACUGUAGGUAUGCUAAGAAGUUGUAUAUAUUUCAAGAAAAACCUGCAUGUCAUCCUUGUGAUAUAGGUGAAAAAGUCUAUUAUUACUAUCAAUUUUGCUCUUUGAUUGUUUUUCCCCACUUUUGCUGCCAUUAUAAUUUUUUAAUUUUCCAAAUAUUUCAAAUUUCUUCUUAAAUCUUCUGAAAGAAGAGUCUUCAUUUUUUUUGUAAUAUUAUGACUAUCUAAUGUCGAAGACAAAGUCUUAUUCUAACGAUAAAAAAGUUGCAAUUUUACAAGGAAAAACACCGUAAUAUUAUGAGGAAUACACGUGUGUGUGUGUUAGCGGUGUCACGAGACACGAGCUCAUGAGAAAAUGAAAACAUCUAAAAAUAUAUUGCAAUCUACUAAUAUAAUUUCUAUUAUGUUACACUCUUCUGCACACUGUCUGUAUGCAACCGGCCCUGCCUCUCCCUACAAAGACAAAAACACUGUAUGAUUGACAACAAGGCUCACUCUGUUCAUGCCAUUGUUCAUGCCACAAACACGUUGCUGAAACAAAUGCACGGAGUGAACUGUCGUCCUGCGUGUUUGGAUGAAGAAAACAGACACGCAUGCACAUGGCAAUAUAUUUGACGGCGGCAAAAUUAUCAGGUUAAUUUUCAUUAGCAUGUGAUUAAUUAUAUUAUCGUUACAGGCCUACAGCACACGAGACAUUUUUUUCAGAACGAGAAGUGUUGUCACAUUGGAAUUUCGUGAGAUCUUGUGACACGAGAUCUUCUGA